UAUAAUGACCCUAAAGUUAUGCAAAACACUUUUAAGAUGCUAUCUAACCUCCACAAGCUGCUACCAAGUCACCUGAUGGACACACUUUCUUCCUACAAAAGUGAAGAGGACGAAAGAAAAUGUGAGGAUGCUGAACUCUCUGGCUUAGAAAAAUUAUUAGAAAGAUAUGAGCUGCUAGAAGAUAUUAAUUUGACACCAAAGCCAAGUAGUGUUUUCACCUGGAAAAGAAAAGCCAGCAAAAAUGCAAAUAGUGAUUGGAAGAAAUGCCAUGUGUGGAAGAAAACCACAACAGAGCCUCUAAUGUCAACAGUAAUUGUAAGAUGGCUGAAGAAGAACAUGCAGCCCACAGAGGAUCUCCAGUCUGCUAUCCAGAGGCUGUCUGUGUUUGGCCCCAUCCAGUCUUUCUCCCUCUGUGGACGACAAAGCGCUAUUGUAGUAUUCGAAGACAUGACCUCUGCCUGCAAAGCUGUGAACGCUUUUCAAAGCAGGAGUCCAGGCACCAUGUUUCAGUGUUCUUGGAAACACAGAUUCCUGUCAAAAGAUAUAAGGCUCCUCCGGAAAUCCUGA